UUGUUUUAUCGUUCUAUCAUUCCUUCUAUCUCUAUCUAUCCAUCCAUCCAUCCAUCCAUCCAUCUUUCUCUCUCUCUCUGGGUGUCCAUCUAUCUGUCGUUCUGUCUGUAGUCAAUAUAGUAUUUUAAUUAAUUAAUUAUUUGUAGCAUCAUGAUCAAUACAUACCAUUUAUUUGACAGAAAAAUUUGCCACAUAUAUAUUUAUAAUAUAUACAUUUUUUUUUUUUUUUUUUUUUCAUUAUUCUACUAUUACAAUCACUGUCUGAAACUUACUUUAUCCAGAAGAAUUUUGAAUAAACUUUUAGGCAAGAAUGUGACUUAUUCGUGAGAUUAAAAUUGUUGAAUGAAAUUAAGUCUUCUGCACAAGAAGUCAUCAGAAAUUAAGGCUAGCGGACAAUCUGCAUUCUGCAUACUCAAAUGUUUGUCAUGAAUAUUAAUGGCUGGUCAGACUGUAUAAUAGACCUUACUUCACUCCUACACUUAAAGAACUGCAGCAGUCAUGUGCACUGAAGUCACUAAAAUCUACUCGUGAGAAUUCUGCUCAUUUAAUCACCACACAGUAUAUUUUUUUUAUAGAACGAAUAGAAAGAAUGAAGAAAAAGCCACAUCUGUUAUUUUAUCAUCUCUUUUUAACAUCUCUCAAACCAGACUUGUGUUUGUCCUCGGACAUUCUGUCAUGCGUAGGCAGUGUGGAAUAUCAGGUACGAGCUGAUCUAACACAGCAUAGUGAGAGCUUAGACCUUCCCACUUUCUCUCUAGUACACACACUCUCACUCUCUCUCUCUCUCUCUCUCUCUCUCUCUCUCUUGCUUGCUUGCACACUCGUCAUACUAUGCUGUUUUAUAUGCUCUCUCUCACUCAGCAUUUAUGCAUUUGCUCAGCACACAGUGGGAAACAUUACUGGUAGUUGAUCUAAACCAGAAACCUGAUUAUGAAAACUUGCUGUCAGUUAACGUUAGGAAUAUUGGAUGGACAACAAUAAAGCAACUGAAGAAAGUGGGGGAAAAAAAGGAGCAAGUUCACUUACAGUGCAGUCUGAGGAGAGUGGAGAAGAGCGGAUAAGUAUGCGCUUGAUGUGCUGCAGUGUGACGUGGAUGGAUGUGGGAUUUCUCCCCUGUUCUGUGUGUUGAUGUGAUUGGUGCCCAGAGUUCACCGCUUCACAGGCUGCUGCUGCCCUGGAGCCAGAGCGCAGGAAUUCACUCGCGCACACACACGCACCGAGACACUUACUUACACACAUUGCACACACACACACGGCACAUGGACAGAUACACACUCUGGCAGCACUUCAGAGCGAUAACUGCACUUGUGGUUUAAACAGAGUGUUGCACUCACCUUUUUGACAGCUGCCACAUCCAUUCUGACCUUUUUUAAUGACAUUUUCUUCAAGUUUUUCUCCUCGUUGUCCUCAGGGCAGGAAGACACUUGUCUUUAGUUGUUGAGGUAACAGCAUUGGGAGAUUUUAGGACUAGUUGCUCUUUGUAGUAUCAGCAUCCUCACCGUGGUAAAGCUGUCUGCAGGGGCACGCCGUCAGCAUGCAGGUGUCUUUUGUGUGCACGGACCAUCGAGCUGUCAGCCGCAGCACGGAGGACCGACUGAACCGACAGAACACCAACAGCCCGAGUUUGGGGACAAAAAGCAAGUUUCGUGCUGUGGCGAUGGUGGCCCGCAGCCUGGGCCAACUGUCUGUGCAGAACAUGCCUUCCUCUGGUGACCACUGCUUGAGAACUGGCAUGAAGUAUAGGAACCUUGGGAAAUCCGGCUUACGGGUAUCAUGUCUAGGGCUGGGCACAUGGGUGACAUUUGGUGGUCAAAUAACAGAUGAGAUAGCUGAGCAGCUGAUGACGCUGGCGUAUGAGAAUGGUAUCAAUCUGUUUGACACAGCCGAGGUGUAUGCGGCAGGGAAGGCUGAAAUGGUUCUCGGCAGUAUCAUCAAGAAGAAAGGAUGGAGACGUUCCAGUUUGGUCAUCACCACCAAAAUAUACUGGGGUGGAAAAGCAGAAACAGAGAGAGGCUUGUCCAGAAAGCACAUAAUAGAGGGUCUAAGGGCAUCACUGGAGAGACUUCAGUUAGAGUAUGUGGACGUAGUCUUUGCUAACAGACCUGACCCCAACACGCCAAUGGAAGAGACGGUUCGAGCGAUGACCCAUGUGAUUAACCAGGGAAUGGCCAUGUAUUGGGGCACGUCCCGCUGGAGCUCCAUGGAGAUUAUGGAGGCGUACUCAGUGGCACGACAGUUUAACCUGAUCCCACCUGUCUGUGAGCAGGCCGAAUAUCACAUGUUUCAGAGAGAAAAAGUGGAAGUACAGUUGCCUGAACUCUUCCAUAAGAUAGGUGUGGGUGCCAUGACGUGGUCUCCGCUGGCCUGUGGAAUCAUCUCAGGGAAGUAUGACAGCGGUGUGCCUCCUUAUUCCAGAGCCUCUCUCAAGGGCUACCAGUGGUUGAAGGACAAGAUCCUGAGUGAGGAAGGCCGCCGUCAGCAGGCGAAGCUGAAAGAGUUGCAGGCCAUUGCGGAGCGGCUGGGCUGCACGCUGCCCCAGCUGGCCAUCGCGUGGUGUCUGAGGAAUGAGGGGGUGAGCUGUGUGCUGCUGGGAGCCUCCAGCACUGAGCAGCUGAUGGAGAACAUAGGAGCCAUUCAGGUUCUUCCAAAAUUAUCAUCAUCAGUUAUACAUGAAGUGGACAGUAUCCUAGGCAACAAGCCCUUCAGUAAAAAGGACUACCGGUCUUAAAAGGAAAGCCAGUGACACUGUGUCGACCUGCUUCUUUCUCUGAGCUUUGACUGAAAAAACAUUGGCACAUGGGACCAGCACUGUCACAGGUCCUGCAGGAGACGCCAACUCACACACUACAUGGAGUCUGCCGACAUUAGCCUGAUAGGAGGCCAAGAACCGCACGGGCAGAAGGGAAGCAUGCUCACGUACAAAUCAGCUAGGCCGGCUCAAUAAGCAGAACGCUGCUCCAAGAAACCACUGAAAUCAAACGCACCGGCUCGCUUCCUCCUCCCCUUUGAAGUAGUGCAGUAUUAGAGAUCCAGAAUUUGUACUUAGUCUAGAAAUGCAUGAGAUCCACUGGCCAUGGCACAUGCUUUUUUUCCUACAUUUUGGAAAACAAAUACAUUUGCAUACGCUCACAGGAAGUAAUUAAGUUGAUGAAGCACUUUGGUGAAUGCAGAAAGUUACAUGACUGAACAAACUAAAUAAGGCAUUGGAUGUUACUCAUCUCUAGUUUCAUAUCGAAAUUGUUAGCCAAUAUGCUUGUUUACAAGACCUCAUUUCUACAAGCUCUAUCAUUUCUGGUUGUGUUUUAGUUUUAAACAUAGAAGGGAAAGCUAUUGUAGAGUUACACAUAAUACUGUAUAAAGCUUUGGGUUGUGAGACCGUCAGAAAUAUAGACAUUAAAUACAGGCCUCAACAAAUGUGCAAUAUUUGAAAGUGUUUAUAAACCCAUUGUUCUUUUCUUUUUAUUUUAUUUUUUUACUUUUUAGAAGCAAAUGACCUAGAACAGACGGAAGUUGAGUGGUGGUCUGUGUGCUCAUUUGUCGUCGCUUCGUCGGGCUGCAACCAAAGAAAUUUAGCUCCAUCCAAACCACGCAUACAAGGUCGUUUGAUCACGCGACUUAUUGUUUAA